UCGGAAGGGGCGCCGAUUACUUGUUCGCGCUCCCGGGGUGGGGAUGCGCGGGUCCCGUGCUGCCCCGCGUGGACGCGCCGGCGGGGCGGCGAUGCGGGCUUUGUUCGGCUUUGUUUGCGCCGCACCUGAGCUCCGCCGCGAGGCCCGCGCGCUGCACCGGGAAGCCUGCGUCCCGGGGAAGAGCGCACCUGGCGCACGCCUCCUCCGGGCUCCCCGCCAACGGCCCCGGGAGAGCCGGCCAGGGUCUUGGGACUGGGCGUGCGGCGGGCGCAGGAGCGGCCUUUCCCUUGGGUCCCCGGCACGGGGUCGCUGAGCCAAGGGGCGCGGAGCACAGUUAUAUCAACAUGCCCUCUUUCCUGUUGCUGGAAGUCCUCUUCAUUUUCCUGUUUUCUGGAGUACGCCAGUCUCAUCCUCUUCAGGAAGUCCACGUAAGCAGGGAGACCAUUGGGAAGAUUUCAGCGGCCAACAAAAUGAUGCAGUGCUCGGCUGCAGUGGACGUCCUGUUUCUGAUAGACGGAUCGCACAGUGUCGGGAAGCGGAGCUUUGAAAGGUCUAAGCACUUUGCCAUCAUGGUCUGUGACGCUCUGGACAUCAACCCUGAGAGGGUCAGAGUGGGAGCACUCCAGUUCAGUUCCGCUCCUCGUCUGGAAUUCCGCUUGGAUUCGUUUUCAUCCCAACAGGAGGUGAAGGCAAAAAUCAAGAGGAUGGUCUUCAAAGGAGGGCGCACAGACACAGGCCUUGCCCUGAAAUACCUUCUGCGCAAGGGGUUUCCCGGGGGCAGAAAUGCCUCCGUGCCCCAGAUCCUGGUCGUCUCCACUGACGGGCGGUCCCAAGGGCAAGUGGCGACGCCCGCCGAGCAGCUGAAGGAAAGAGGCAUCACCAUAUUUGCUGUCGGGGUCCAGUUUCCGAGGUGGGAGGAGCUGCACACACUGGCCAGUGAGCCGAAGGAGCAGCACGUGCUCAUGGCCGAGCAGGCAGAGGAUGCCACCAACGGUCUUUUAAGCACCCUCAGCAAGUCUGCUGUCUGCACCGUUGCCUCUCCAGACUGCAAGGUCCAGCCUCACCCCUGUGAGCGCAAGACGCUGGAGACGGUCAGGGAGCUUGUCGGCAGUGCCCCGUGCUGGAGAGGAUCGCGGGGGACCGAUGCCGUGCUGGCGGCGCUCUGUCCCUUCUCCAGCUGGAAGAGAGUGUUCCUAACCCACCCUGCCACCUGCUACAGGACCACCUGCCCAGGCGCUUGUGACUCGCAGCCCUGCCAGAAUGGAGGCACGUGUGUUCCAGAAGGACGGGACAGGUACCACUGCCUCUGCCCGCCGGCCUUUGGAGGGGAGGCUAACUGUGCCCCCAAGCUGAGCCUGGAGUGCAGGAUCGACGUUCUCUUCCUGCUGGCCAGCUCAGCGGGCACCACCCCAGAGGGCUUCCUGCGGGCCAAGGCCUUCGUGAAGCGGUUUUUGCAGGCGUCGCUGAGCGAGGACUCCCGGGCCCGCGUGGGUGUGGCCUGGUACAGCGGGGAGCUGGCCCUGGCGGUGCCCGUGGGCGAGUACCGGGAUGUGCCAGCCCUGCUCAGGAGCCUCGACGGCCUUCCCUUCGGCGGUGGCGCCACUCUGACGGGUCAUGCCCUGCGGCAGGCGGCGGACCACGGCUUUGGGAGCACCACCAGGACGGGCCAGGACCGUCCACGCAGAGUGGUGGUCCUGUUCACCGAGUCACCAUCCCAGGACGAGGUGGCUGGCCCUGCGCGUUACGCGAGGGCCCGAGAGCUGCUCCUGCUGGGAGUGGGCACUGACGCUGUGCGGGCGGAGCUGGAGGAGAUCACCGGCAGCCCGAAGCGCGUCCUGGUCCACGCCGGGCCACAGGACCUGUUCCACCGAAUCCCUGAGCUGCGGCGGAAGCUGUGCAGCCGGCCACGGCCAGGCUGCCAGGCACAGUCACUGGACCUGCUCUUCGUGUUGGAUGCCUCAGCCUCGGUGGGGCCCGAGAACUUCGCCCAGAUGCAGAGCUUCGUGAGAAGCCUCAUGCUGCCGUUUGACGUGAACCCGGACGUGACGCAGGUCGGCCUGGUGGUGUACGGCAGCCGGGUCCAGACGGCCUUCGGGCUGGACACCCAUCUCACCCGUGCCGCGGUGCUGCGGGCCACAAGCCAGGCCCCCUACCUGGGCGGGAUGGGCUCGGCAGGCACAGCCUUGCUGCACGUCUAUGACAAAGUGAUGACUGUCCAGAGGGGCGCCCGGCCUGGUGUCCCCAAGGCCGUGGUGCUGCUCACAGGCGGAAUGGGGGUGGAGGACGCAGCUGUCCCUAUCCAGAAGCUGAGGAACAACGGUGUCUCCGCAUUGGUGGUGGGCGUGGGGCCUGUCCUGAGGGAGGCGCUGAGGAGGCUCGCGGGUCCCCGGGACUCCCUGAUCCACGUGGCAAGCUACGCAGACCUGAGGUACCACCAGGACGCGCUCCUCGAGUGGGUAUGUGCAGAAGCCAAGCGGCCGGUCAGCCUGUGCAAGCCCAGCCCGUGCCUGCAUGAGGGCACCUGCAUCCUGCAGAACGGGAACUACCGCUGCGAGUGCCGGGACGGCUGGCAGGGCCCCCACUGUGGGAACCGGUCCUUGCGAGGAGACGCCCCCGCAGGAGGGCAGCAGUCGUUCACCUCCCAGCGCCCGCCCAGGAGGCCUGGGCACCCCGGGCGCUGAGGGCACGCCUGUCUCCUCCGGUCUCCCGGGGUCCUCUGAGCCGCCACCUCCCGCUCCUGCCCAACCCGCCCGCCCACCUGCCUGCGUCCCUCAGCCCCGGAGAGGAGCUGUCCCAAUUGUGGACCAUCCUGCUUGGGGACAGCCACUACUGCCGCUGUUGAAAAGCCUUGAUGUGUAAGUGAAUGUCGACUUUCUGUACCUGGGCGUGCCCUGGUGUCCUCUAAGAUCAACUUCUCCCGAGGACCAAGGAGCUUGGAGACUUUCAGUGGCCUGUUGGAAGCUCACUUUGCCCACAACAAAUGCUAAACAGAAUGUUGCCGGGUCGGUAGUGCUCAGGAGGAGGCAUGCACUAGAGUGUCCUUCAGACCCCCGAAGCCACGGCAUUUCGAGACUGAAAAACUGUGGACCUUUUCACACAUCUUUUCCCAAAGAUGUGUGAGCGCAUUUGCUUUCAGUUUGAGAAGGGGCUUGAAUGGCAUUUGUGACCGGAUCUGUGGGUGGCAAAGACCUAGAAAGAGUCCAGACUGGAAUGUGACCACGAACCAACUUGUUUGACUAUGGGGGAGGGGCCGAGCAUGCAGACCGCUCCGGUCUCCAGGGGCCCAGUGACGUUGGCCCGGGUCCUGAGCUACAUUCCCUUGGAGGGGCUUCCUUGAGAGAUUACUUAGGGGGGCUAAUUGUGGGGUGUUUAUUCCUUGCUUUUUUAGUAGGACAAGGAGGAGUGGAAUUAACAAAAUAACGGCAUAGAGACACUUAGAGGGUAUUGGCUUUUUGAAGCAUCGAUCUUAUGCUGUCUAGGUGGUUUUGCUUUUCAUGUCUAGUUUUGAAAGGAAUAUUUCAAGAAAUGAUGGUGGUUACUUAACAGGACCCAUGUGGCAGGAAGGCUCAGCUGGGAUAUAUUUCUGGCAAACUAGGUACUCACCCCUGCAGUCUUUAGGAAACACUUCUUCCCCUUGGUUAUGUGGUUUGGAUUUGGGUUUUCAGUAGAAACCUUUGCAAAAGAGCUGUAACCUAAAUCCAGACGCUUUAUCCGUGACUUUUAUUUUUAAUGUAAAUAAUGUAAAUGUUUCACCUGCAAAUGUUCAAGGCUACUUUGAUUUAAAGUACUGGCAGAGGUCAUCGGAAGGUACUCCUAGACAUUACAAAGGAAAGGUCAUUUUCAUUCCCUUAGUACCUUUGCUGUGGUAGCAGGUGACAUCAGAGCGGGGUCACGUGUCCACCUGGCAGGUGCUGAGAGGUGAUGUCAAAGAACUUAAAUGAACCUUCCCGUCUUUAAAAUUGACAGCAGUUUCAUCAUUUUAUAGUGUAAGCUCUUUGGGUCAGGGCUGAUGUUUGGACAUCCCAUCUGAAUUGCUUUGACUUAAGAAAAAACAACACACAAAUGUGGGCUCUGGGCUUACACAUUGCAGGCUGUUUCUAUUUUUAGGCCCCAGCCCUCAAGCCACUUUUUUUUUUUUUUUUUUACCUUUUCUAUGGAAGGUGCCACUGAAUAGUUCAAACCUCUCCGUGCCCCAGUAGCAGCAGAGGGAAUUCCUUUCUUUUAAAAGAAACUGGCCUUUAAUUACACAAGCAAUGUAUAAAUACGUUCUCCUUGGAAAAAUUAGAACACUGCAGAUAGGUCAUCAAUCUUUUAUUUUCUGAAUGAUCCUGAUUCCAGCCAACUUGCUGGAUGCGCUAAUCCUAAUUAAUUCUCUUUUCUAGAAAGAUACUUAUAAUCAGACUCAUCUCUUCCUUUUGAUGUUUAUACAAGUACUUUUUCUUGUCAGUUUCCAUUUUCUAGGACCUCCGGAAUAAUGUUUUAAAAAGUAGUGGUAUCUGUUUCUGGACCUGAAAGGAUCCUCCAUCAUUCUCUGUUAUUUUCUGUGGAUUACUUUAUCAGGUUAGGAAUACUUGAUUAGGAGUGUGGAGAUGAUGUUUUUCACAUUUAAUCUGUUCAUAUCAUAAAUGGCCCAUUAGCAUAUUUUCAGUUGUUGAAUCACCUUUGCUUUUUGGAUAAACAUGAUCUGGUCAUGAUGCACGAUUUUUUAAACACUAUUGAAUUUCACUUGCCAAUAUUAAGGUUUUUUCAUCUUUGUCCAAAAAAAUGAGAUUUGAUUUUUCUUCUGUGAUUUGUGUUGGAUAUUUGGUACCAGAACCAUGCUAACUUUAUAAAAUGGAAAAUAUAUAUUCUUCAAACUAAAGGCCUUUUUUUUUUUCAGUUCUCCUAUUUAAUUUUGCCUUAGGUUGUCUCUUUAUCGUAUUAGUCAUUUCAAUGAGCCAGAUUUUGUCCUUUUUUAAAUAAAGACAUUCAUGCAUGGAACUUGCUUAAUUACUCCUUAGGCAACCUUCCAAGUAUUCGUAUGUUUCUUUUCCCCAAGAAUUAUUUAGGAGUGUGUUUCACUUCUGGAAGUGCAGGUUUCCAGCCACUUAUCUGCAGAAACUGAUCAUAGGUGUUUCCUUUGUGUUAUCCUGGGAAAACCCUCUUCUGGCCUUACCUCUGCAGCUUGAGUUAAGGAGGCUUAAAGUCUCCUGCUAGGAUCGCACCUUGCAGUUCUACUAGUUUUUACUGCACAUAUUU